GAUCAUGAAAAGAGGAUCCCAUUCUUUGAACGGCAGGUGAGCCUUCGCCGCGCGCUCUCUCUGGAGACGGAGUCGCAUUUCAUACUCAUCGCCGUGGGUUCCUCUUCGCCGCCAUGGCGGCACCGAAGCCACGCAACACUCGAUCAACUUCUCUUAGGGAUGCCUCUGACUCCUCCAAGAUGGAGGGCACCGGUACAUGGGAUGCCCUCCAAUGGACCAAGUUUCAGCCCGGUUCACGAUACGUUUCGCAUGGCAAUUUGGAUUUCUUGUUUGAGGAAGAAAACGUCAUAGCCCAGGGACAUGGUGUUGUUCUUAUUAAUUCAGAUGAUGCUGGCACGUUGAUGGUCACAAAUUUUCGUCUUAUUUUUCUGAGUGAUCGAACUAGAAAUAUUAUUGCCCUGGGAACAAUUCCACUUGCAACGGUUGAGAAGUUUAACAAGAUAGCUGUAAAGAUGCUGUCAGCUAAUCGUCAAAUAGACAAGGCAACCCCGCAAAGACUGCUCCAGGUUAUUGGAAAAGAUAUGAGAAUUAUAGUUUUUGGUUUCAGGCCUCGUACAAAACAGAGGCGUGUCAUAUUUGAUGCCUUACUAAGAAGUACAAAGCCAGCUGUACUUUGGGAUCUUUAUGCAUUUGUGUGUGGACCUUCUAGGUUUACUAACUCUAGCCCAAAAGUGCGCCUACUAGAUGAGUAUUUCCGGCUUCUUGGAAAACGCUAUUACCGUGCUUCAAUCAAUAUGAUUGAAAGUGGGUCCUUUACCUUGUCAAAUGACUUGUGGAGAAUAAGUAAAGUGAACUCUAACUACAAUGUGUGCCCUAGUUAUCCUUUUUCUUUGAUUGUACCAAAGACCAUAAGUGAUGAUGAAGUGCAACAAGCUUCCACCUUUCGUGGUAGAUGUCGGGUUCCUGUAGUUUCAUGGUGCCAUCCAGAUACGGGAGCAGUUCUUGCACGUUCAUCCCAACCUUUAGUUGGUCUCAUGAUGAAUAUGAGGAGCAAUGCAGAUGAAAAGCUUGUGGCUGGAUUAUGUGGCAAGCUUAGUGAUGGCUCACGCAGGAAGCUAUAUAUAGCUGAUGCAAGACCGAGGAAAAAUGCUUUAGCUAAUGGGGCCAUGGGAGGUGGUUCAGAAUCAUCUUCAAAUUACUUUCAGUGUGAGGUAAUUUUUUUUGGCAUAGACAACAUCCAUGCAAUGAGAGACAGCUUGGCUCGGCUGAGAGAAUACCUGGACACUCAUGGAAAAGCAUCAUCGGAUGGAAUGUCAUCUUUUUUGAGACAUGGUGGGUCAACAUGGGGUGGAGGCAAUCUAAGUAGUAUGUCUACUUCAGUAUCUACUCUUGGGGACAGUGGGUGGCUACUACACGUUCAUGUCUUAGCUGGGGCUGCUUGGAUUGCUGCUCGCCUUGAUAUGGAAAAGGCUUCUGUUCUUGUACAUUGCAGUGAUGGCUGGGAUAGAACGAGUCAGUUGGUUUCUCUUGCUAAUUUGUUACUUGAUCCAUACUACCGCACAUUCACAGGGUUUCAGGCACUUGUUGAAAAAGACUGGCUAGCAUUUGGUCAUCCAUUUUCAGAUCGUAUGGGAAUGCCCCCAGUCUCUGGAAGUGGCAACAUGACUUUUGAGUUGACUAGACAGUCUUCCACUGGAAGUUGCCCUUCACCACCCAUGCGUCAGUCAUCAUUCACAUCUCAAUCUUCCCCUUCUCAUGCACAGACUUCAAACCACUACUCUCCCAUUCUUUUGCAGUGGGUUGAUUGUGUUUCACAACUGCUGCGGAUGUAUCCUUUUGCUUUUGAGUUCUCCUCGGCUUUCCUGGUGGACUUCCUAGACUGUGUUCUUUCUUGUCGAUUUGGAAACUUCUUCUGUAAUAGUGAGAAGGAAAGGCAGCAAUGCAAUGUUUUUGACGCUUGUGGAUGUUUGUGGGCAUACUUGGCUGACUUACGUGGUUCUGAAGGAAAAUCUCAUGUGCAUUUUAAUCUCUAUUAUGAUCCAUUGAAGCACAAUGGUCCUAUCUUGCCCCCAGCAGCAGCUUUAGCCCCAACACUCUGGCCCCAAUUUCAUCUUCGCUGGGCUUGUCCAGAAGAAGCACAAGCUUCUGUUGAAAUUGAAGCAGAAUGUAGACAAAUGUUUCUGAAAUACUCUGAGAUGCAGAAGGCUAAAGAAAUGGCAGAGAGGAAAGCCAAAGAAAUUGAAAUUGCCAUGGACGCAUUGAGUUCAGAACUACGAAAUGAGAAACAGUUAAGAUGGUCAGCUAUGAACAUGACCAAGAAAACAAGCAAAGAGAAUGUGGCCAUGAAACGAGCUAUUCAGUCAUUGGGGUGUAAGUUUCAGUUAUCUGACAAUGGCGAUUGUGUUUUUGAUAUUGAAAGCGAUUUAGUGGUGUCAGCACAAACUGCUAUGCGCCCUUCCAGCAGAAAGCAUUCGGAUAGCACAUCACAUGAUGACAAGAAGGAUCUGUCUGUUUCAGUAGCAGUUACAGAGGAUGAUGAUCAUGCAAACAAUCCUAUUUUUCGAGUGUGUGAAGCUCUAUGCCCACUGCGUAUUCCAAAUGGAAGUUGCAGGUGGCCAAAUGCUGGUUGUGCACGACUAAGUAGUCAGUUUGUUGGUUUAAGGGCAAAUUUUGAUGCAUUUGACCAAUUGUCGAUUGAUGAUAGUUAUUUUAAAUCUGAAUGAACGGUGAGUGAAGGUGGCCGGAAAAAUAAAAAUUGACAGGGAAGAAAAAAGAGGUUCUCUGUUUAGAUCAACCGGGUUUUGGUAUCUUCUUUAGUAAGCACAGUCUAGAAUACUUUUAAACUCACCCAUGAGAUGAAGAAUUGAGUAACGCAGGACCCUGCCAUUUUUAUUGGGUCUCUGAAUUUGUACAGGCUCUAGAGAUAGCUGAAGAACUUCUUGGUAGUUGGCAGAAACAUUUCUAUGGAGCUUGCAAGUUUUGAUGGCAGAUGCAGAGAGCAAAAGUGCAUUGCUACAUGCGUGUAAAUAAGGUGACAAUCAAAGUUGCAGAUAGCAUUGCUUUAUUCUUGAAUAGGGUUGGUUACGUUGUACAGAUGAUAAAUUUGUCAGGAGGGAUCAAUGUACAGCAAGAGUAAAUUUAGUGGCCAAUCAUUCUGUUGUUAAAGCGUCUCUUUCUUCAUAUAACGAUGACUUCAUUCAUAUGGUCUCGAGUUUAACGGCUUGUUUUGGCAUUUAACUGGUGAAAGAUGAUGCUCAUUCCUCCAAGAGCCCGUGAGUGACGACGCAAUUGCUGAAUGUAGACAAAAUUUACUAGCAUUUGUUGAUUGUGCAUUGUUAUCAUGAAGAUGAAACCUACGAAAGUAGAUUAUUAUCAUGAAGCGCUUGCUGUUAGGGUCGACAUUGAGCUGAACGCCUGCCUGCUUGUAUUUCAAAUGAAGUUCAGUUGAGAAUUAAAGUGCCACGGGCUGCGGUGAAAGAGUCGAGGCUCAAAUCCUCUCAUAACUUGAACUGAUUUGGAGCUAGCAAAUAUUCAUAUUUGGAUCUGAUAAAGUUAUAUAAAUAUUUAUUUGUAUGUAACACAGACUCUGCGUUUAACUUGGGGGAAAUUAUGACAAAGGACUGAAUAUUUAUUGAA